AUGGCCGUAUCGCUUGCUUGGUGGGUGCUCUUUGCCACAUGUUUCGGCACUGAGAGCAGCCCAUUGCUCUUGCAAAAGAAGAUCCAUUUAGCAGAUACUCCCAAGCCCAAACGGAGCCUGGAAGAGCAACUGGAAGUGCUCGAAGUCACUGACCUCCAUGACCUGGCUGGAAAAUCCGUGUAUUUGGUCAUGAUUGAUCGCUUCUCGCGUGAGGGUGGUCAUAGCAGUGAGCACCUGGAAGCCUGUGAAGGAGGCCAAUGGUGUAACGGAACUUUGAAAGGCAUCACUUCGCACUUAGACUACAUCAGUGCCAUGGGUUUCGAUUGUAUUUGGGUUACACCUGUGGUGAAGAACUUCUAUGGACCUGAUCUAGGUGAGAGUGGUUAUGGCUAUCAUGGUUAUUGGGCAGAGGACUUUUAUUCGAUCGAUCCUAAUUUCGGCACAAAAGACGACUUGAAGGAGCUGGUACAGCAAACACACCGGCAUGGGAUCCUCGUCGAAUUCUUUUGGCAACAUGUUUUGCUCAAUUUGCAAACGAUGUGCUUCAUCCUUGACAUCGUCUUGAACCACAUCCGUCCAGUACAUUCCCUCAGCGACCUAUCAAAGGUGAAACCCUUCAACGACACCCGCUAUUUGCACUUGCUCAAUAUGUCGGGCAUGAGCUUUGACAAGUAUGCCGAGAAAGGUGCUAAUUGGCCCUUUCCGAUUCAAGCCCUGGGUCCUGGGGCUCAAUGUCUCAUGAACACGCGGAAGGAUGGUACUCCGGAUGGCACCAACAGCGGUACCUACUGCAACAACUAUCCUGAGAAUAACUACUCACAGGAACAUUACUUUCAGGAAAGGGCUCAUGGGCCACCGCAUUUGAAGUACUGUGGAACUGGCGAUUAUCUUUGCCGCGGAUACAAUGAGACGGUCAUUCAAGAUGGCUGGUUUUACGAUUUGGCCGACCUGGACCAAUCUGUCCCAUUUGUGCGAGAAUUUCUGAAGGAUUGGGUGAAGUACAUGGCCUGGAGCUUAGUGUCGGAUUGGCCCAAGAACAAGUGGUUUACAGGGCGAAGCCCAAGUGGUUCAGCUACCGAGUUCGACGUGGAUGGAAUCCGCCUCGAUACCACACCUCAUCUUCCCUAUGAUUUUCUGAAAGAAGUGCAGGAGAUGUUGAUGUCUCUCUCCAAGCCCAUCAGCAUUUUGGGAGAGGUGACCACUGUCAACAUGAGCUUCCACGCAUCCUAUCAGAACAAAGAUGGCCAACCCAUCUUGGGUGGUUUGGAGAAUUUUCCCUUGUCCUACAACGCGGUGCCUGGAUACUGUGGCUGGCCAAAUUCUGUUCUCUCGCCAGUGGCACAAUUUGAUCUGACUUACCUCGCAAGCGCUAGCGAAUUGCAGUUGACGAGCAACCUAUAUUCUGACACUGAUUUGCUUAUGAACAUGAUGGACAAUCAAGAUGAUGCGCCUAUUGCUGGCCUGUACCACAUCUCUGCUGGACCUUUUUCUCCGGGGACCGGCGGUUGUCAGGAUGACGAAAGCUUGCUCUUAAAUGGAUGGGCCUGGCUGAUGUUUGCGAAGGGUAUGCCUGUAGUUGCGUGGGGAGAUGAGCAAGGCAACUCAGUCUACCGGAUGAGACGAGACGCCUGGCAAUAUCGCCUGCUGAGCCGUAUGAAUGCUAUCCGAAAGGAAAGACGCCUAGCGAAGGCAAGUGCUCAAGUGCGUUUUGGUAGCAAAGAUCAAUUCGUUUUUCAACGCGGCCCUCCCAACAGCAAGCAUUCAGCGUGGAUUUUCACGAACAAUCUGCCCAACUGCUCCGGCCGAAUCACUUACCCCAUCGCCCCGCCGGCUCCUCCAUCGGGGAUGUACUGGACUGAUGCGCUUUUUAACCAGCCUUUUGAGAUCUUCGGAGAUAAGAUAACUGCACGAACCAAGCCUUUAGUCUUAGUCCUCGAGCCAAAUUUUGCCUCCAGCUAA